AUGAAGCUCUCCAAAUUUCCGUACUUGGUCCAGCAGGAGGUACUCAGCAAUAUGGCGUCUUCACAUCUAUUCCUCCUUUCCUUUGUUUCCAAAAAUAUGAAAGCGUUGAUCAAAUCGUCUCAAGUCGCAAGAUUCAAAAACGUAAUUCACAUUAAAUAUAACUGUAUGGAAACAAAUCAACCGGACGUUGAAGUUUUCUACAGGGACGCUUGGGACCCGAUUGUGAAAAUUGCUGAGGAGGGGACGAGAACUGAUGGUUUUCAGUUGACCGUGUCUGGAAAGUUGAUCGAUUUUCGAAUAUUUUAUCUGAUUUUGUGGAGUUCCAAAAUGAUUCAAAUGAUUCUUAAAAAAUUAAUUAGUGGUUAUAGAUUCAUGUAUGGUCCUUUUCCGGAAGAAAAAAUGUCAAAAAUGUUCGGAAGGGACGCCAGAGCAGACCACAUAAAAUUCAGUCCGGAGUCCGAAUUCUAUCAGGCAGAAUCCAUGAAAGUAGAUCAGUACGAACACACGAUUCCUGCAGUAUUACAGCAUUUUCAAGGAAGACAGGCAUUUAUAAGAUGUCGUUAUUGCAAAAUUUCGGAUUUGAUAGGGUUUGUGAAUGAAUGGAAAACAGGAAAAGGAUUUCAAAGACUGGAAUAUUUGGAAAUUCGAAUCAGAUCUUUUGAUGAAGGUCUUCCCCAAAACGAAAUUCUAGACGGAAUUGGAGCAAAAUAUAUUGCGCAACGAAAUCACCACCAACGCAUGUUUUGCCGAAAGUUUACCUUGAUUAUCCCUAUUCUAAACCGAAUACAGACCGAAUCAUCAGCCACACAUACGUCGUUAGAGAAACAGAUGGUCAUGUGGCGUCUAUUCGGAUUUUUGGGGAAACUCUAUGGUUUGGAGUAUGGAACAAAACAGAGUAGCAGUUUUUGA